AGCUUUCAAUCUGUAACAUAUUCCUUCAUAAUGUCGUCAUUCUGGUUCGAUCAUCCAAAGAACUCCAACAUGUACAAACAAACUUUGAAGAGAUCAAUUGUGAAGCUUUGUGAAGUGUACUGUAGAUGUUUUUUCUCUAUGUGUUAUCUCGAUAAGCAUCAGCUCGUAUCUAGGACCGAACUUCACCCCUAUCCAAAUCCGCUUAGAAAGUUUCAUGAAACAAAACACCAAAGUGAAGCCAGCCGCCAAGCAGCCUCACUCGUUUCUUUUUCACACCUCAAACUUGCACAAAAUACAUACCCACGACAUCGCAUACUACCUCACGGGCGCAGUCAUCCAGACCCUCUCUGGGGAGGAUUGUCAUAACCUCUAGGAAGAAACACGCACGACGCGACCAACACCUCCAGCUUCCGCACAUGCAAUUCCCCGACCUCGAAGACGCAUCGAAGAUUGAGGACACCCAACUGUACACAUCGCCAUGGGGCCCGUCCGGACAUUGCGGCGGUCGAGUCCGAUUACGAUGGUAGUGGGCGUCGUGCUGAUAAUAACCAUAUUCGUCUUCAUACUGUCGCCGUCGAGUUCCGAUUCUGCGGCUUCACAACUGCGAAAGGCGAACGCGGCUUCGAAUCCCCUCUCCCCUCCCACAUCGCCGUUUCGGAAACAGAGCGAGAAGGCGAAUGGGAAGAGGAUACCGCCGCCCGUUGUUCAUUAUCACAUGAAUAAUGUGACGAGCUCGCCGGAUCCGGUGGGCAAUAGGGAGACGAUUCUUAUUCUGACGCCGCUGGCGAGGUUUUAUCAGGAGUAUUGGGAUAAUUUGAUGAAGCUUUCGUAUCCGCAUGAGCUUAUCACACUGGGGUUUAUGAUUCCAAAGAAUAGGGAGGGGAAUGCGGCUACAGCAGCGCUACAGGAACAGAUCACCAAGACGCAGAAGUCUGGGCCUAUGAAGGACAGAUUUGCCAGUAUCAUCAUUGAGCGCCAGGACUUUGAUCCGCCAUUGGCAUCGCAGAACGAGGCAGAGAGACACAAGAUGGAGAAUCAGAAGGCGAGAAGAGCAGCGAUGUCAAGGGCUAGGAAUUCUCUCCUCUUCACCACGCUCGGCCCGUCCACUUCCUGGGUUCUCUGGCUCGAUUCGGAUAUUAUCGAGACGCCCCCAACUCUGAUUCAAGAUCUAGCGUCCCACGACAAAGCGAUCAUCGUCCCAAAUUGCUUCCAGAGAUAUACCGAUUCCAAGAACAAACCAGCCGAACGUCCUUACGAUUUCAACAGCUGGCAAGAUAGCGAGACAGCGAGAGAUCUGGGUGAUAAAAUGGGACCGGAUGAUAUUUUGUUGGAAGGAUACGCACAGAUGGCUACGUACCGUACAUUGAUGGCAUACAUGGCAGCAAAUGGCGGGGAUCCUCGACAGGAAAUUGCAUUAGAUGGCGUGGGAGGGACGGCAUUAUUGGUUAAGGCAGAGGUACAUCGUGAUGGGGCUAUGUUUCCUCCAUUCCCGUUCUAUCAUUUGAUCGAGACGGAGGGCUUUGCGAAGAUGGCUAAGAGGUUGGGGUGGAGUUCUACUGGGUUACCGAAUUACAAGGUAUACCAUUACAACGAGUGAGAUGUCAGGCACAGAUCCACUCUCAUCUUCUUCGACUUAGAUAU